AUGGCAGUGCCAUGGAUCAGCAUAUGGAGGUCACUUCAGUGGAGAAAAGACAGCAGCAAAGUGCUCCAAUCCGGAUUUUACUGGCCAACAGUGUUUAAGGAUGCCAAGGAAAUGGUGUCAAUGUGUGAUGAAUGCCAAAAAGAUGGUAAUUUAACCAAGAGGAAUGAGAUGCCACAGCAAUACAUACUAGAGUUGGAACUAUUUGACGUAUGGGGGAUAGAUUUCAUGGGACCCUUCCCAACCUCCUACUCAAAUAGCUACAUAUUAGUGGCUGUUGAUUAUGUUUCAAGGUGGGUAGAGGCCAUAGCUACCGCAACAAAUGACAACAAGGCCUACAGGACAGCCUUCAAGACCCCCAUUGGGAUGUCACCAUACCAACUAGUAUCUGGCAAGGCUUGCCACUUGCCAGUUGAACUGGAGCACAGAGCCUUUUGGGCUCUAAAACUUCUGAAUUUUGAUGAGCAAGCUGCUGGAAAAACGAGACUGAUGCAACUCAAUGAACUGGAAGAGUUUAGAAAUCAAGCAUAUGAGAAUGCAAAAAUCUACAAAGAGAAUACAAAAAGGUGGCAUGACCAAAAGAUAGCAAGAAGAGAGUUCACUGAAGGAUAG